CGAGCACUUCUUUUCUGUGUGUCAAAGUCAAGUCAAAAAUGUCGACGAAAUUAGUGAUUGUUCUGCUGCUUCAAGCCGCCGUUGCUGUCCUGGCGGGCGUCUGUUUGAUACCUGAGCCCGUCAAGCGCCAACGAUCGCUGGUCAAUGAGCUCUUCAGACGACAGCCACGCCUCGAUGGUCGCAUUGUUGGUGGUCAUCGCAUAAACAUAACAGAUGCACCACAUCAAAUCUCGUUGCAAACAUCCGACCACAUUUGUGGCGGUUCACUAAUCUCGAAAGAGUGGAUAAUAACGGCAGCUCAUUGCACCUUUGGCAAGCAAGCCAAUCAGCUACGCGUGCGGCUGGGCACUUCUGAAUGCUCCCGAAAUGGACAACUGCUAAACAUCAAACAGAUUGUUCAACACGAAAAGUUCAACUACUCGAAUAUCAACAAUGAUUUUUCGCUGUUGCAGCUGCAGGAACCAAUUGAAUUCGAUGAGACCAAGCAGGCUGUUAAGCUGCCGACACAGGAUCAAGAGUUUAAGGACGGUGAUGCGUGCUAUGUUAGCGGCUGGGGCAGCACACAGAAUCCUUUGGAGUCCCGCGACUGGCUGCGCCAGGUGAAGGUGCCGCUGGUCAACCAGGAGGAGUGCAACAAGAAAUACAGUCGGUACGGCGGUGUGACAGAUAGCAUGAUCUGUGCUGGAUACAUGCAAGGUGGCAAGGAUGCCUGCCAGGGAGAUUCUGGUGGUCCCAUGGUGAAUGGGGACGGCGUGUUGGUGGGCGUGGUGUCCUGGGGCUUUGGCUGUGCCAUGCCCAACUUUCCGGGCGUAUACUCCAGAGUAACUCAUGUUCGUGAAUGGAUCAAGGAGCACAGCGGUGUUUAGCUAACUGAAUGAAUGAAAU